AUGUGGCAACCCUACUGUGCAGAUGCAUGGGAGUCAUGUUAUCGUGGCCUGGUCUAUCGAGAGGCCGAAGGUGUGGGACCCAGAGGGAAGACCGGACGAAGAUGGAAGCCCUGGAUCGGUCCCAGCAUUGCGCUGAAGGACACCAUAGGACAGAAACGAGACUUAUUCCACAUCUACCUAGCGUAUUGGAGCAAGGCCUGGUCUAAUAUUGCAAGGUGCUCCUUGAACACGGCUACCCUAGAGGCGGCUUAUAAGGUGCUCGUCCGUUGGUACUGGGUUCCAUCCCGUAUCGCCAAAACAAACCCAUCCUGCAGCAAUAGAUGUUUCAGGGGCUGUGGUCAGCGUGGAGAUGAACUUCAUAUCUGGUGGUCCUGCCCCCACCUGGUGGGAUUCUGGUCAAGGGUUUUUGGUCUUCUGUCCACUCUCUUCCAUAUAUCCCCCCGCAAGGAUGCCAAAUUGUCCUCACUCCACUGCCCAAUCCCGAGCCUCUUCUCUUAUCAACACAAGUUGGCCACCUAUUUGUUUAUCGCUGCGAAGCGUGCAAUAGCAAGGGCCUGGAAGAAGCCAGCUGUCUCGUUUGCGGAGGUGAAGAACAUCCUAACGAUUCUCAUGAUUAAUGAGAAGAUGUCUAGUAUUCUUCAUGACUCCCACGCCAAGUUCCUCAAGAAUGAAGAACGGAAAGACAUCAAAGUUGAGGAUAAAGAGGAAGAAGAAGAGAGGUUGGUGAGUGGAGAUCAGCAGUCUAUGGACAAGAGAGGUCCUCUGUAUUCCCAGGAUUCCACCCAGGAAGAUCACAAUUAUAAAGAUAAUGAUCAGGAUGAAGAUUUUAAAGAUAUCAAAGCUGAGGUUAAAGAGGAAGAAGAAGAGAGGUUGGUGAGUGGAGAUCAGCUGUCUAUGGAGGAGGGGUGUCCUCUGUAUUCCCGGGAUUCCGCCCAGGAAGAUCACACCUAUAAAGAGAAUAAUCAGAAUGAAGAACGGAAAGACAUUAAAGUUGAGCAUAAAGAGGAAGAAGAAGAAGAGAGGUUGGUGAGUGGAGAUCAGCAGUCUAUGGAGGAGAGAGGUCCUCUGUAUUCCCAGGAUUUUCCCAAGAAAACCCCCAGUUAUAAAGAGACUGAUCAGGGUGAAGAACGCAAAGACAUCAAAGUUGAGGAUAAAGAGGAAGAAAAAGAGAGGUUGGUGAGUGGAGAUCAGCAGUCUAUGGAGGAGGGUUGUCCUCUGCAUUCCCAGGAUUCUACAUGGGAAGAUCAGAACUAUACAGAGAAUGAUCAGAAUGAAGAACGGAAAGACAUCGAAGCUGAGAUUAAAGAGGAAGAAGAAGAGAGGUUGGUGAGUGGAGAUCAGCAGUCUAUGGAGGAGGGGGAGAUGAUUACGGAAUGUAAACAGGAGGAAUCUUCUCUACAUAAGGACACAAAUGGAUUCUAUCUAUGGAAGUCUACUGAGGGACGUCUUGUUGUAUCUCAAGGUUAUGUUGCAGAAGAUAAUGGAAUUGUACGAUAUUUUGUAGGAGGAAAUCCCUCUAAUUGUGAGGAACCUCCACAUACAUCCAAUGGUGAUAGUCAGGAUGUCCAUCUAAGAUCUCACAGUGUGCCGACAUCACCAGAUCCAGCAGUGGACCCGUUAUCAUGCCCCGAGUGCGGGAAAAUCUUCAAUCAGAAAUCAGACCUUCUUCGACACCAAAGACUUUACACAGGGGAUUUCCCUUAUUCAUGUUCAGAGUGCGGAAAAUGUUUUACUGAGAAAAGACAGCUCCUCAGGCACCAGAGAAUUCAUACAGGGGUGCGUCCUUUUCCAUGUUCAGAGUGCGAAAAAUGUUUUACUGAGAAAAAUCUGCUCCUCGUGCACCAGAAAAUUCAUACAGGGGAGCGUCCUUUUUCAUGUUCAGAGUGCGGAAAAUGUUAUGCUGAGAAAAAAGAGCUCCUCAGGCACCAGAGAACUCAUACAGGGGAGCGUCCUUUUUCAUGUUCAGUGUGCGGAAAAUGUUUUAUUGAGCAAAAUCUGCUCCUCAGGCACAAGAAAAUUCAUACAGGGGAGCGUCCUUUUUCAUGUUCAGAGUGCGGAAAAGCUUUUAUUCUGAAAAACGCACUGGUUAGACACCAGAAAAUUCACACGGGCGAGAGUCCUCAUUUAUGUUCAGAGUGCGGGAAAUGUUUCAUUCAGAAAUCAGACCUUCUUAUACACCAGAGAAGUCACACUGGUGAGCGUCCGUUCUCGUGUUCAGAGUGUGGGAAAGGUUUCAUUCAGAAAUCAUAUCUUUUCAAACACCAGAGAAGUCACACGGGUGAGCGUCCUCAUUUAUGUUCAGAGUGCGGGAAAUGUUUCGCUCAGAAAUCAGACCUUCUUAAACACCAGAAAAUUCACAGGGAGGAGCGUCCUCAUUUUUGUUCAGAGUGUGGGAAAGGUUUCAUUCAGAAAUCAGACCUUCUUACACACCAGAGAAGUCACACGGGUGAGCGUCCAUUCUCGUGUUCAGAGUGUGGGAAAGGUUUCAUUCAGAAAUCAGACCUUCUUAAACACCAGAAAAUUCACACGGGGGAGCGUCCAUUCUCGUGUUCAGAGUGCGGGAAAGCUUUUAUUGAGAAAGGAAAACUUGUUAUACACCAGAGAAUUCACACGGGUGAGCGUCCGUUCUCGUGUUCAGAGUGUGGGAAAGCUUUCAUUCAAAACAGGAGCCUUCUUAAACACCAGAGAAUUCACACUGGUGAAUAGCCUUUUUCAUGUUGAGUGUGGGAAGUGUUUUGCUAAGAAAAACAACUACUUUUCGCACACCAGAGAAAACAUACUGCAAUGCAUAUAAAAGCAAAAGAGAAGGCCUUCAAAAAACACAAGGCUGAAGUGAUCAUCAUCAGCAUUCAGACU